GACCCGCCACUUGAAGCAGAAAAUGACCCGAAUCUAUCAUCAGAAAUGGUUACAACUGAAGAGGGAAAGAAAUCAGUUCCAAAUAUUCCGGAAAAAAUUGAUGAAAAUCAAGGAGCUCAAGAAAGAGUUAAAUCUGAAGUUCCCCCAAACGAGAACAAAGUUGUAGCAACUAAUGGACCAAUAGGAGAAAAGCCAAGAAACGAGGAUUCAGAUUUCGAAAGGCUUCAAGAAGAUUUUGUUCUUAAACUGGUUGUAGACGAAGAAUUGCCUAAGCCAAGUAUGAAUAGCUUGGAAAUGGGAAGUAUACAUCCGCCUCCAAAUUUAGCUGUGCCACAAAUGCCCGACAAAUGGUUUUAUCAGGAUCCUCAGCAUGGUCCUGCUGCUGAAUUAACGAGAAACAUCAAAGACUUGCAUCUUGCAUGA